CGAAUUGUUUGAACAAUAAUGUGGUCAACAUGAUGGUAUCGUUUUUAAAACUCGAUGACAGACCCACGUCUUUGUUAAUACCUAAUCCAUGCUGGACCAGAUAUCAGAUGACGUCAAUGGCUCGAUCGAUGGUUGAGAACAGCAUCAGCGUCGCUUCCUCACUGCAGAGAAAUAGGACGGAGUACUUUCUACAGUAUAUCGUUGUGUUCGCUGAUUUGGAUUGCCCUGAUGCUAAAGGGUUUUUGUUGAAGGCCAGUGAGGAGGGCUAUUUCAAAUCACCAUACCGUUGGCUGCUGUUAGCACCUGAUGACUUUAACAGGAAUCUUGAGGUUUUAAACAAUCUGGAAAUAUUGGUGGAUAGUGACGUGGUGAUUGCUGAGAGAAACGACUAUGGAUACAUAUUUACUGAGGUUUACAAGAUAGCCAAAAAUACAGAACUGAUUUACACGACGAGAGCUAUAUGGCGUCCCAUCAAUAGUAAACAUAAUAAUUAUCUUAAAGCACAUAGUAAUAAUACUAACUUCGCUAUAUCUGAAGAUAACGAAAGGAACACGUUAAACACAAGAAUAGUAGACACUAAGCAUGGCAUCACAGAAGAUUACAGAGGAUCCACAUCGUUGUCUUUCAGACGAAAAGAUUUGAGAGGGCAUGUGCUUACAAUGGGUAAUGUGAUCACCGACAGUAAUGAAACGAGAGAACAUUUAGACGAUAGAUUGUUACUUCAUCAAGAUUUGGUAACGAAGAUGUCGUACGUUAUCGUGAAGAUAUGUUUUCAGAUGCUAAAUGCUACAGAACGACUUCUGUAUACCUCCACUUGGGGGUAUAAAGAUAAAAGUGGCAACUAUAAUGGACUCAUUGAAUAUCUGCUGAAGAAAGAUGCUGAUUUAGGUACCAUGGCAUUCCUUACAACAGAUCGCUUGGACGUUAUCGACUACAUAGCCAUGGUGGGAUCAACAGGCGUCAAGUUUGUCUUCCGGGAACCCCCUCUCUCGUAUGUCUCCAAUAUCUUCACACUACCUUUCACGAGGGAUGUUUGGCUGGCCAUUUUAAUUUGUGUUUUGGGAUGUGCCCUGUUUUUAUACAUUACUUCUAAAUGGGAAGCCACGGUGUCUCUGAACCAAUUUCAACUGGACGGCUCGUGGGCUGAUGUCCUGAUAUUAAUCAUAGGAGCAGUUUUACAACAAGGCUGCACUCUGGAACCACGAUACGCUUCUGGUAGAGCUGUAACCCUCUUACUCUUCAUAGCUCUGACAAUCCUGUACGCAGCGUAUUCAGCUAACAUUGUGGUACUGCUGAGAGCCCCCAGUUCCUCAGUGAGAACUUUAUCUGACCUUCUCAACUCGCCUAUUGAACUAGGAGCUAGUGAUGUUGUAUAUAAUAGAUAUUUCUUCAAACAAUUGAACGACUCGCUACGGAAAGCUAUAUACGAUACAAAAAUAGCGCCUAAAGGGAAGAAACCUAAUUUUUACAAUAUGGAAGAUGGAGUAGAGAAAAUUAGAAAGGGUCUCUUCGCAUUUCACGUAGAAGUAAAUCCAGGGUACCGUUUGAUACAAGAGACGUUUCAAGAGAACGAGAAAUGUGAUUUGAUGGAGAUAAACUAUUUUAAUUUAAUAGAUCCUUGGCUGAUCGGCCAGAAGAAGUCUCCUUUCAAAGACUUGUUCAAAACCAACUUUAUAAGGAUUCGCGAAACGGGUAUCCAAUCCAAUAAUCGCCAGCGUCUAGUUAUACCCCGGCCGCGCUGUUCCGGCCAAGUAGCCACGUUUAGCAGUAUUGGCAUCGGUGAUAUGUACCCCGCUAUGUUGGCCACACUGUACGGCAUGCUGAUGGCGCCCGCUGUGCUCUUAGUGGAGAUUGCUUAUUGCAAAUUGAUGAAAGCAAGAAAACAAAGAAAGCUUAAAACGAUUUAUCCCGAGAAUAAUUAUAUUGAUCUUGAAUAAGUUACAUUAUCACUAUUUUAAAAUAUAAUUAGAACUAUUGUUAUAGUAUUAGAUGGUAGUUGCAACGGCAGAGCAAUCAAAUUGACAAAACUAGUUCAACAGUCAACUGCCAUCCCUCGUAUAAAUACAAAUGAAUUCUACCUCUAUAAAAAAUUUGUAAAACAAUAUUAUGUAUUCACACUUUAGUAGAUAUUUCAAAUGUACAUUUAAGUAACGAGUAUUCAGUAAUUCCUAAUAUUAGCACAGCUGUGCAUCAUGGAAUGCAAAUGCAAACCCAUAAAAUGAGUUUUAGAGCUGGGAAGCUUCAGUACCCUAUAUUGGUUUAAGCAUAGACACCUAGGUCUGGAAGUAGGAAGUAACAAUUGGAACCGGGAACGAAGAUAAGUAAGACAACUGGGAUCAUUAAGAAUAUUAUAAAGGACA